AUGUGCAAGAGUGGCCCGUCGACCAGCGGAUCGCGACCGACCCACUACUGCCCUGGCGCCGACAUGAUGGGUAUGACGCUGCGAGACACCGCUGCGUUCGAGUAUUGCGCUCUGCCAGCCGAUACCGAAUGCCGUGUUGUUCGCCCACGCGGCCUGCCUACCGACUGCCUACGGGACGACGCUUCUGAUGACGAUGACCCACGUACGCAUCUCUACCGGCGAGAAGGCGCUGAUUGGAAUAUUGACGGCAGGAAAGGGGAUGCGGAAGGUGGUCGGGCGGCUGCAAACGGCCCUUCCACUUAUAUAUCACUUCCUCCUUCUUCCACCUCCAAACGCAGCAAUUUGGUCGCGUUCGGCGAGGAAGUCGACAUCUUCUGCAAUAGUCUCUUUGACAGCAACGUCAACGUCUUUGCCCGCCCCAUGCCAACGGGCCCUUCCACCUACUUCCACCCAACAGAGGAAUUCUGGUCCCUGCCCACCAACUUCCUUCCAUACCACAUUCGCAGUCGAAUACGACUGCUGGACUUCAUGCCGGCCGGAAUGGAUUGCCUUGCUGACUUGUAUACCACCAGAAUAUCAACAUCACUCACCAUGACGCCUGCGCCUGCGUCCACGGUGGCCCCCUUCUUGCGCCCGCGCCACUUCGGCGACGCGCGCGAACACAUUUUGGAGAACGUCGACCCGACGAUCCGCCGUGACAGGCAGGCAUUUUCCGUCACCCAUUUAGAGAGCGGCAACUCCUCGCUCGUCUCCGCUACCAUUCGCGCCCAGACGAGCAGAUUGACGGGCUGUUGCCGGCCACUUCUAUCGAGUAGAAGAUCGACCAUCUCUAAGAGCCUGCGCUCGACCAUCGGCAUCGUCACCGCGCUCGGAAUGGCCGACAACAUUGCGGUGUUAGAGUUCAUAGACUGUGUCAAAGGUAAACAUGAGCCGCGCCGCAUCAUCGUGCUGGCCAGCAGCACGGGUAUUCAACCUCAGCAACUCCCAAACGCCGACAGACCCGUGAAGCCGCGUCACGCGAGUGUCGCACCCUCAAUUACGAACCCCUCGACCCUCAUACCGCCAAUGACCCCGACUUUACGCCUGACAGCCGCGGUCGGCUAUCCGGUUCCCGCCGUUUAUCCGGCCGUGUCCGGCUUCAUCGUUAUGAUCGGCCCGAUCUGGAUGUCGAUAUCCGAGUUCCGCUUCUCGGCUACGAGCGUUCGUGUCGUCUUUGCAAAGCCGUCUGCGGACGACCAAGACCGCAGGGUCGUCCAUCGAUGGGAUAAACACGGGAUGGCGUCGAUUCAGGGGCACAACAGGGCACAGAGAUCGAGGCUAUCGAAGACAGCCGACAGGAGCGCGAGAUGGUGGCUCAUGCCCGCCGGCCCGACAACGCUGACCCUGACCUCGAUACUAUGCGAGCGCAUGCUGCGCCCCGGUCGACUACUACGCCCAGCACAAUUUCGUCCAGUGCGGCUCCGAAGCCGGCUUCACAGCCUGACCCACCGGUACGGCUGGACCGUCCGCAAGACGAUUGCGAUACCGGGCAUCAUACUAGCGCUAACGACCGCGACCUUCGUAAUGACCAGUCUUCUCUACUACGAUAUACCGAAGGGCUUCUUUUCGACGGAGGAUAACUGCCUUAUUACCUCGAUGGCUAUCGGACCGGACGACGCCUCUUUUAAUGCCAUCUUGGCCCCUCCUGAUCGCGCUCUGACCGAGGCCGAGGGUUCAUCGCUCGUCGUAAAGAAAGGCUGGCCCGUCGAUGCUGACAUGGAGACGCCCAUCCACGUGGAGCCGGAUCCUGGGACAUAUAUGGCAUUAAUCGCGACGACGACAUGCCGGGCCCUGACGGCGCCAUCGGCGGCGCUGGCCGCCCAGGAACCGGAUGCCGCGCCGACACUGGCCGAAAGCGCCUGGCUGUCACCACCACGGCAAAACCGGACACUGCUUCGGCGAGCCCGUCAGCGGAACCACGACGCCUCCCUCAACCCGGACCAACAUGAACAAACCAUCGGCCCAGGCUGCGAGAGCUUAUGGCUCGUGAUGAAUGCCUGUGAUGGUGUCAUCGGCAUCACCAACCAAGACCAUCACCAAGGCCGCGACAACAACGACCUGAGCUCUUAG